UGCAGUUCCUCCCAGCUUCGUGACAUAAGAAGAAGGACAGGCCCAGGAACAGUAUAGCAAACUCACACACUUAUAUACACACUCACACACACACUUCACACUCGUACUCAGUGGUGUCAACAGCAGCCAACAGCCCAAGAUGACCGUGAGUCAGGUCUGCAUGUUCCUGUGUCUUCUAGCUGCAGCGUCUGCAGAGAACAUCCUCUACCCCAGCAUUGGCGGCUCUGAGACCCUAACCUGUGCAUGCCCGGACCACCAGUGCCAGAGGGUCUUCUGGUACCGAUUCCUUCAGAAAGAUGAGACGCUGCAGUUCCUCCUGGAAUGUAACACUGUAGAUAAAGUAAAUUAUGGGAAUAAUAUCGAUACACAGCGCUUUAAAGCCUCGUCCAAUGGCGGCUCGGGCAAGUUCACCCUGCGCAUCACCAGCCUGCAGCAGAACGACGCGGGCCUCUACUCCUGUUUACUCCACAGCCAGAACCCCAAACAAGGGCUGGAGAGCCUGACGUCACCUGGAUACUAUAUCAAACCUGGAGAACACCGACCAACAUCUCCACCUCCAACGGUCAAGCCGAAAGUGAAAAAUCCUCCUCCCUGCAAACCCAACAUUCAGCCUGUGAAAGGCUGUAAACCUCUAGUGCUCUGGUCGUGUGUUGGUGUUCUUCUGGUGCUGGCGGUGCUCAUGAUCUCAAUACUGACUUACUUCAGCAGGCUACCAAAGAAGUGCCGACAUCAGUUCGCCAAAAAGGUGCAGCUGAACUGAGAAGACUCUUCUCUUCUGCCGACAGUCGCCAGGCUUUGAGUGAUCAUCUCCACCCCAGCGGUCACUGUUCAUCUUUUCAUCUGGAAAACCUAGAGCUGAUCUAUUCUUGAUAUUUGCAAUUAAAACGAUAGAUCUAGAAAACUAAGACACACAUUUCUGUGAUGGUUUCAGGUCCCGAUUCCUUAUACUUUAACAUAGUAGUAGGAUUUUGCUUGAGUUUGGAGUAACAGCUAAUGCCUUUGCACAAACAGUCUUAUAUCUUAUGAACAAAAAUGCGAAUUUUAUGGGAUUUUACAAAAGAAGGAAAAACAUUAAGUCAUUUUGAAGGAUUUUUAUUGGUUCCUUAAUGAUAAACUUUAGAUACAAUAAAGAGAACAACUGUCAGAUUAACAAUAUGUCAAAAAAAUAAAAAAUAGCAAUAAUGGAGAUUACAAGGUUAUUGUAGAAGAGUAACAUAUGCAAGUAUAAUCAUAAUAGUCUUAAAUCAAUUAUUUUUUAUUGAGCUUUAAGACAAAUGUUUGUUUUAUGCAUAAAUAUCUUUGUUGUUUUGUGUAUUUUAUUGAUAAAAUCUAAACUUAAAAUCUAAAAUCUAAACAAAAUCUCUAAAUUCCUAAAUUGGUUUCAAUCAUUAAAAUACGAUUGAUUGACAAACGUUAUGCAUAAAAGCAGAUCAUCAAAGCUGUUGCACACCUGACACAAAAAAAAAACACACCAAAUUUUAAAACAUUGUUUUUAAUCCAUUCAAUUCCAUUCAAUUAAAACUGAACUUAUACCACACAAAUCUGAAAUAUGUGAUAUGUGGCUUGAAAUGUAUAUCAAUGCAAAAAUUUCAAUACAUUAUUAUAAUUUUACAUUUUUGCCUUAAAGUACUCUGACUCUUACAGUUUAUUGAACCCAAAUCUUGCUUGCAAAAAACUCCCCUUCAAGCAAUAGAUGAGGAGAAGCUGAUUAACAACCUGGAAUCUAUAUUAUAUAUUAUACCACAGUUAGUUUCGACCCUGCAAUGUGAUUGGCUGAGAGGCGUUUUAUGAGUGCUGUUAUCAGCCGGUAAUGCACUGCAACCGAAGCUCUCCAUGUAUUACUCCUCCUAGCAACGAUGCAGCGCUUACAAGCCAAAUAGCACAGCUACAAAUAGAGCAGCAAUGGAACUACUUUAAUUGGCGGAGUGUUUAUAACCAAAGAGAUCCUAUUUUCUCCUCCUCUUUAACUCAAAAUAUUUUAGUAAUACACUCAAGGUUCAUACUGCAGUGCCAAUAUUACACGUUAUAGCACGCCCUCUUGUGUAUUAUUGCUUACAUAAAUAAUCUAGAUUCUAUAAAAUUUUCUUUAAUCUUUAUUCAUCAAAUGAGUCGUCAGUUUUGAUGCUCUAAUUUCAGCGCCUCGCUGUGUGGCACGGCAAGAGCUUUAAUCGGAAAAAUAUUCACCCAGUUCAUGCUUACCUUAUCUUCAGCUUGGGGGCAUCUUCAUUAAGAUUUCCAUUUUUUUUAUUAUUUGUAUAUAAUAAAACAUACUAAAUAAAAAAGAUUAACAUAGUAACAUAGUUUUUAGUGCAGUUUAUUUUUUUCGGAAGCAGCUUGUGUUUGUUGUAUUUGUAAAUGAAUGUACAGGUUCUGUGAUACAAUAUGUUUA